AUGGGAAACUUUUGCAUUGAUGUUUGCAAUAACAUAAACAACACUUUAAGAGGAACUGCUUCAGGAGGAGACACCAAAGGAGGAAAGUAGGGUGGCAAAAAGGGGAAAUUUGUUGAUUUCAAUAUUGGUGCUUCAACCAUCUCAAAGGAAGAAUUUAAAUAAGCAGCUAAGAAAAGAAAGGAGGAGCAAAGAAAGUUAGAAUUAAUAGAUAAAAUGUAGGAAUAAGAAAUCGAAAGGAAAUUGAAAUAAGAACUUGAAAAAAUAUAAAGGAGAUAAAUGGAAAAAAGAUAUAUGAGAAGGGAUUUUAAGUAUUUCGAUGAAACCACUCAACAGAGGAUAUACAACUUCGGUUUAUUAGACAAGGAUGAAUUAUUACAAUAAAUUAUGGGAUAUGGUACUAUAAGAAUGCUUAAUGAAAAACAAUGUGAACCACUUGCAUACUUCCCACUUAAAAACUCUGAUGAGUUACUUUGGGAAGAUCAUUCUGAGUAUUUGUAGAAUAUUGUACUCGAUGAAAUUAUAUAAUUAGAUGAAUCUGAGAGUUAUAAAUCUAUUUUAUGGACAGGCAAAAGACUCUCAAAUCUAAAGCAAUAGUAUUUAGUCGAAAUCACUCAAAUCAAAAAGAAUGAAUAUCUACAAGAAUUUGAGGAGAAUUUCUACUUCAAUAAAUCCAUUUAAUAAUUGUUAUCUUUAACAAAAUAAGACACUAUUGCCUCAGACAUUUAUAAUGUCUCCUAUCAACAGUAAUGGUUUCUAUUACAUUAUUCGAACAUCUUUCUGAGAGUCACAGACAUGCCCAUAGCUACAUUAAGGGAAGUCAUUAAAAUUAGAGCCUCAUUCCCUAAAAUGGAAGGAGCCUAUAAAGAGUAAGAAAUCUUGGGAUUUUUGAUCCUCAUGAUGAGAGCUCUUAGAGACGCCAAAUCUAUCUAUAUUAACCAUGGAAAUGUGAAUGAUGAGAACAUCUAUCUGAGUGGAGAUGGAUAAUAUCGAAUCAAAGGCUUCAAUGAAUUAAGAAUCGCUAGCUACAUUGUUAAGUAACCUACAAGUUAAACCUUAAUCAAAAAGACCUCCAAAAUAUAUUCAGACAAUCGUAGUGAGGCAGAAAGUGAAGAACUGCUCGCUGACGAUGAUAGCAGAUAGGAAGAUGAACCAGAUAAAUAUGAAUUGUGUUGCACAUACUCUUAUUUGUAAUACUAUAUCAAGCAGGUCAAACCCAGGCAUUUAAUCUUUUUUAAUGAAACUAUAAGACCUGUAAUUGAAAAGGGCUUGUAUAAAUAUUGGAACAAAACCUUUGAUAAAACGAGUGAUGAAGCAAAAAAAGAGAGACUUGUUAGGAAUACUGAGGAGGUGCUUUUAAAUUCCUUAAUCAUGCAACAAAACUUUUAUAGUUUAGCCAUUAUAGCUAUUCAAAUGAUUAGUUUAGGCAAAUUUGAAUAAUGGUGCCAAAAUAAAUCAAAGACAUCUCACCAUUCUAAUGCCAGUAAUAAGAAUGACAUAAACCAAGCAGCCAAGUUCAUUAGAUCUUUUAGUGGUUUACACUCUGAUGAUUCAUAUCUUAACUAAAGAGUUAAGAAUUUGGAUGAAUUUAAGGAAUAUUAAGCCAAGAAUUAUAUUGAAAUCAUGUCCUUUUUAGCCCAAUAUUAAUUAAUUAACAAUAAGUAACAGAAUUACCAGAUUGUUAUUUUGUACUUACAAGAUAUGCUUAAGCCAAAUUGUGAUUGGAAAAGAAUUAUGGAUUAGUUAUAAGAGGAGGAGUUUGAUCCGCCAAAUGAUAUUAUAUUCUUUCAAAGAAGCAAUUUUGAAAAUUCACAAUUAAAUAAAUCAAAGAAUGAUAAAUCUGCGAAUAAUUAAUAAGAUAAAAAGAAAUCUGAAAAAUAAAUUAAUCUAUCCUAAUAAGAAAAACCUUAGACCGAUCAACCAAAAACAGAGCUAUCCGCUAUUGUAGACUAUGAAGAAGAUAAAGGCGGACUAUUAAUAAGAGCGUUUAAUGUGUCAGAUGAGUUUUAUGAUAUCAGAAAGUACUUUUAUUAAAUUUAAGGGUAUAUGCUUAUUAGAAACACUAGAAUAGGGUAAGAGGCUGCUAAAUAUAUCUUAAAAACCAUAAAUUCAUUAUAAAUCAAUGAUCCAAAUAAAUUAGCCCAUUAUAAAAUUAGCAAUCCAAGUGAAAUAUUUUUUUCAAAAACUGAGUAUGUUUUUCUAAAGUUUUGCUUAGGAUUUUGCUACAUGUAAAAUAGAGAAUUGGAAUUGGCAUAUGCCACAUUUACAUCCCUUGAAUCAGAUAUUACAUCAGCAGAUCCUAAGACUUUAAAAAAGAUCAAUCAAUCUAAUAUCAAAUUUUAUUAAGGACUUAUUACCUUUAUAUCUGGAGAAGCAGAAGAUGCAUUAUAACUCUUUAAUAGAGUGCUCUAGAUCUCCAAAAACAGUCUUAAAGAAAUCAAUGAAAAAGCAUACUAUUAAUUUAUACAUUAUUAUUUUCUGUUGUAACUUGAUCAAGAUGGUUAUUUUGAAGCUUUUAAAUAUAUUCAACAAUUAAAUGAAUAUCAUGAAUAAUAAUGCUAAAAGUAUGAUUACAUAAGCAAAAGCUUGAUCUUAUCAUGCUAUAAUCGAGGUAAAGCCUAUUAUGAAGUAAGUUAAUUUGAACUGAGCAAAUAUUACUUCGAUAUAUCCCUUAAGCUAAUAUCUAACAUUACACGUUCAGGUAGUGAAAUGGACUCUCUUAGACUAUUAAACUUAGGUUAUUUGAGCUACUUACAUUUUUUAACAAAUGAUAUGGAAAAUAUGAAAUCGAAUUUAUAAAAGGCUAUGAGUAUUAUGUAAGAAGCUUUGAGUAGUUUUCAUUGUUUAGAGACAGUGGUGUUAUUCUUUAAUUUUUUUGGAUUUCUGCUAAAAUCCCUUUAUACAGAUUUAGAAGAUAUGUACUAGUAGGUUGAACUGUUUUAAUUAACAAUAGAUAAUAAUAAAAGAGUGAAAAUAGAUUAAUUUUUCAAGAAAUUUGUGUUUGGUAAGAUGUUUUUUUACGCUGGAGAUAUUAAGAAAGCACAAGAACUGUUUUUGGAUGCAGUCUAAUUACAAUAAUAUUAGAUUGCUGAUGAAUUAAGAAUUAAAUAGACAUAAAAUAUUUCUGUUCAUUAAUUGAAGGAAUUUUAAUAAAUAAAAAUUCAAAUGUUGAAGGAUUAUCAAGAAUAACAAAAGAAGUUUAAGACCACUCUGCCACCACCAGAACGAGAUAAUUUAACUGUGAGAUUGUUGAUGGAAGUCUAUGAUUGGUUGGGAUAUAUCUAUAUAAAAUAAAACCAAGAGAAAAAGGCUAUGUUAUGCUAUAAAUUAUACGAAUAAUACAUGUACAAUUUAUUUAGAUUUGAGUAAACUUUGAUUGAUGAGUACACGAUGAGAUGGGCAAAAAUCUAAUUUUAUUUACAAAAAUAUGAUGAGAGUUUGAAGCUAUUCUCAUAACUUGCUUGUGAUCUUAGAAAAUAGAAAGUAGAUGAGGAUUUGUAUUUUGAAUAUCAAUAAAUUCAAAGUGACAUCAGUAGAUGGAUGGGAUUGCUAUAUCUUUUGUAAAAUAAAGAUGCUUCAGCAAAGGUUGCUGUUGAACGAUCUAAAGAAGAAUUGAUGAAACUGUAUAAGCAGCAGCAAGUUAAUGAAGUGUCUAAGACAUAAACAAAUAAUAGUAGAAUAGGUACUUAAUUAAGUGAUCCUAAACUAUUGUCAUAAGAAAGAGAAGACUACGUGGCGAAUUCAUAAUUUCAGGUAUCGAACAGAGUAGAAUAUGUUGGAACUUCAAUGAUUUAGUUAUAGAUUUAAAGGAGGAAUUUGAUGGAACAGAAUUAUUUUAAAUUGCAAUAGGCUCCAGUUCUGAUAUUAUUAGUAUAAAACUAUAUGCGAGUAAUUUGGGAUUGUAUUUCAUUAAAUUUGAAGAAGUUAUCAAUCAGUUAUGUGGAGGAAUUUUUGAGUUUUAUAGAGAAGGAUAAAUAUUUAAAUAGUCCCAUUUUUGAAAAUGCCCUAAAAAGUUCAAUCAGGUCGGAUGUUUAUUUUUUGGUUGGAUACAUCUAUGGGUAGAGAGGAUAGCAUGAGGAAACCUUUAUAUUUUUUAAGAGAUCAUUCAUCAUAAUUAGAGAACUGUAUGAGAACAAUCAAUUAGAUUAAUAGUUAAUAAUAAAGAUGAGUCUCAUCUAUGAUUAAAUGUCAAGAGUGUUAGCCAAUUAAGGAUUUUAUAUUGAUGCCAAAUCUUAUUUAUUGAAUUCACUUCAAUUAUUUUAAUAGGUCAAAAAGAAAACUAAUCCUCUAUAAAUUGCUUAUAAACAUGCAAAUUUAGGGAAUCUCUUAUUUAAAUUAGGUUAAUAUACUGAUGCAAGAAUUCAUACUGAAAGUGCUUUAGUGAUAUUUGAAGAGGAGUACGGAAAAGUGUCAGUACCAGUUUUACAAGUGAGAACAAAGCUGCUUGAGAUUUUGCUGGCAAGAAAUAAGAAUUAACUGAUUAGAAAAGCAACUUUAUAAUUGAUUGAAACUUUUAAAAUUGUUUGUGAAACUCAUUACUCAACUAAAUUAGAUGGAUAGAUAGAUAGAAUGAUAGGAAGCUAUCACCAUAAAUAUGGAAAUUACACAGAAGCAUUAAAUUUAUAUUUGACGGCGUUUAUCAAAUUACUUGAUGAUAAUGAAUAAGGGAUGUUGCUACUUAAUCAAUUAUCCUAGGGGGAGAAGAAUGUUAAGAAUUUGUUGUAGAUUAAGUCAAGCGAUAGAGCUUCACUUGAUAUAGCCUUAACAAUAUGUCAAUUAUAUGUAGAUAAUUUAUAAUUUGAAAAUGCCUAUGACUUAUUAAUCAAAUUGCUGGAUUUAAGUUAAGGUAUUGAUUAUGAUCCACCAGAGCUUGGAAAAAUCGCUGUAUUAGGACAUGACAAAGAUGAAGAUAUUCAUAGUGGUUCAGAAGGAAUUUUAAAAAUUAUCUCUUGUUUCAAUAGAAUUGAUACGAAAAAAGGUAAUCUUACAGUUUUCGAAAUUAGAAGGACUGAAAUAUUUGAGCUGCUCAAAUCCAAAAGACAUAUUAAUCUAUUGUUUAUUGCAGAUAUUUACAGAUUGUUGGGAUAGAUAUUAAAUUUUUGGGAAAGACAGCGCUUUGAAGCAUACUUUUUUCCUAAUUAUCCUGCAAUCAUUUCAAAAUAUUAUGGAAGCUAAUCAAAAUUUUAGAGUUAGAAAUCUAAAGUAAAGAAUGUUAGAGGAUAAUAAAUUGACGAAUAUCAAAACUAAAUAUUUAACCUUUUGAUUGAUGCCUUAAUCAUUUAUCAAGAGGCAAUAGGGGACUAUCAUACACAUUUCGUUGAAACAUUGUAUCUCUUAUCGGAAAGAUAGUACUUAUUAGAAUAAUAUGAGGAUUUAUCCAAAUAAGCAACUCAGGUCAUUGGCCUUCUUAAAUAAUUAAAAUUGUCAUUCCCUAUAAAAUAAUGGAAAUUAAUGCUUACAUAAGUCAAGACUAAUUUGCAAAAUUGUAAAGCUUAUAAAUAAAUAUUGUCAAUUAUUCAUAGGUAUAAUCUGGAUUCAGGAUAUAAGGAUUUGGAAAAUACUGAAGAAAACUUAUUUGAAAAAACUAUGGUAAAAGUUAAACAAAUUAUAUUGGGGGAAAAGAAGAAAAAGGCUAAAAAAAUAAUCAAAAUUAAUAGAGAUGGAUUGGUUGCUAUUGCUUGUUUGAUUCGAUCGGAAGAAGAAGAAUUUAUAUAUUUUCUUGAUAAUCUUGAUACUCAACAUGAGGAACAAAUAGUAACUCGAUUGACAGUUGAAGUCAAUUUUGCAAAAUAACAAAGAGCAAUUUACGAUUUCAAUAAUCUUUAAGCUUCCUCUCCAUAUCAAAAUAAUACGAAUAAUUAAUACAAGUCACAAACUCCUAAACAUUAGAAAGAUGAGAAAACAUUUUUUGCAUAGAAACAAAGAUAUCUUGAUACUACAAAGGAACUAUUGCCACAGUAAUAGAGAGUGUUAUUUGAAGGAUUGAGAGGCAUGAAACAAAUUAAGAGAUUCAUUAGAAGGUAUUUAAGAAGAAAAAUCAAGGCAAAAUUAAAGAGAGAUUAGGAUGAAAAACAAAAUAUAUAUUUAGAAGGUAAUGACUCUAUUAUAAGAUUUGAAAUAUCUAAUCUUUUAUACGAAAUGAAAUAGAUAAAAAUUAUUAUUAUCACCCUAUUGGGAUAAUCAUACUAUAACUAAAAGAACUAGGAUGAUGAUUGA